AUGAUAAAUUGGAACAAAUGUUUAGGCUUCUGGCAUGGGCCGUGGGAAAACACAUUAGAUUAUUUUGCUAAUAUGAAAUGGACCGUGACACCUGUCAAAUAUCUCGGAGUGCCCUUAGAACAUUAUCGCGAUACCACGCAAUACUGGAACGAGGAAACCAAACGUGUUAGGGAGCAAACCGAUAAAUGGGGUGGGCGGGAUUUCUCCGUUUUCGCGCGUGCUACAGUUUGCAAUGUGUUUUUAGUCGCGAAAGUGUGGUAUGUUCUUCAAGUGCUUUGUAUGUCUCGUACCAACGUGCAGAAGUUGCACAGAGUCUUUGCAGUGUUCGUGUGGCGUUCCACAUGGGAAAGAUGCCGCAGAACUAAUUUAUUUCGAUCAGUCCGAAGCAGCGGACUCAGUUUAUGUCAUUUAUUUCUCAAACAAGUUGUGUCAAGAUUUAUUUUUUUGCGCGACCAAAAUAACGGAUUUCUGCGAACAAUUUUACAAUUGCGAAUGAGUGAUGUAAUUCCUGAAUAUGUUGUAUCAAAUGUCACAAAAAAAGGGAGUAUUCGCGGCUUUCUUCGUGAGGUCGUUAUGUCUUUUCGAAUGCUAAAAGUGAGAUUCUCAAUGGAGUACCUAAGUAAUGUACCAAAAAAGCGUUUAUACAGGGAUCUGAUUGAUAUUAUGUUGCCAGUGCCCAUAUAUCGUGCCAUGUAUUGUGUAGGCUCGGAAGGAGACGUGUUGAAACGUGUUAAAAGAAUGGCAGUCCGCUCCUCAGUUAAGACGUUCUUCUUUCAGCUCCAUACCAAUACCUUGCCUGUCAAACCGUGGUUGCAAGAGAGAGGACUGUUCGUACCGUGGUCAGUUAAUUGUCUCAUUUGUUCAAAGCCUGAGACAAUCGAACACAUUUUCUUAGAGUGCAGGGAUGCAAUAUUCCACUGGGAUGUUUUACAGAGAACACUGAAAAAAGAACUCCCCAUAUCACCCUACGGUAUCCGCUUUCUCCCAGUUGAAAAUGAAAACGACGUGCCCUAUGACAUGAUCAUGACGCUGAGCCUACACAGCAUAUGGAAAACACGAAUGGCCGUACGAAAUGCUGAUGUGGACGCCAAACCAGCCAGACAAUAUUUUAUUGAAAGUGUUUCACAAAUAAGAGAAGUGUAUAAAUCUCAGGCUGAACCACCAGAGUGGUUACCUGUACUGGAAACCCUGGUGACCUUAAAGCGUUUUUGACACGAGAAUUUCAAGAAGUGUGUGUAAUGACUAUGUAACAGUUUGUUUUGUUCUUACUUAAGUGUGGUCAAUGUCCUGUAUCUGUGAUUAUCCGGCAAUAAAGAAAAAAAAAUCCUCGUUAGUAUAGUGGCCAGUAUCCCCGCCUGUCACGCGGGAGACCGGGGUUCGAUUCCCCGACGGGGAGUGUUUCUUUUUUCCUUCUCGUUUGCAGGCGCACGCGGCGGCGCUCCUCCCCAGUACCUGUGUCUAUUUUUUUUUAUUUAUUGCCGGUCUUCGACAUUGCUCAGACGAUACAGUUAGCACACAAUGUAUCACAAAUUCCAACCAUUAGAAAAAAAAAAGGAAGGUGUGUAAGGAAAGAGACCGCACAAUAGAGCCGUCUGUCCAUAUUGGACUGGCUUUGUCAAACUAAAAUUCCUUCAUGGCUGUCAGGGGUUCUAGCCUCGACAGCCAAUCCGGUACACAUUCUUCUGUUUUCUUCAGUUCAAUAAAUCGCGACAUACAAUCUUUGAAGUAAGCACGAGCUGGCCUAGCGUCAAGAUCGCAAUGAUACCCUGCCAUACGAGCCCGCCAUAUACAGUGUAGAGCAUUCAACAUAACAAAGUCAUAGGGAACCCCGUCGUCAUCUUUGAUGGCCAGAUACCUGAUACCUUGGGGGUCCACCGGUAGCUCUUUCUUCAGGGUUCGCUUUAAGACGUCCCAGAAGAAAACUGCCGCCCAGCAAUGUAGGAAAACAUGAUCUAUAUUUUCGGGCUUUUUGCAUAUCAAGCAGUGCGACCCCCAAGGUACGAGACAACCCCGUUCCUCCAGAAACGUCUUCACGGAGAGCGUUCCUGUGUGUAGCUUAAAGAAGAAGGUCUUUACCCCUGGUGGCACCUGCAUGUGUUUUACUCUUUUAAGUACAUCCUGUCCUGGCCCUCCACUGUAUAUGGCUCUGUAUAAGGGCACUGGGAAAACAAUGUCGCAUACAUCUCUAUACAAUGUUUUCCUUUUCACUUCACAAAGGUAAUCAUUUGUAAAACGAACAGAAAGGAAGCGUACACUGUCAACCACUUACUUGAAAUAUCCGCGCAGCGUUCCACUCAAAUUUGCCGUGCUAACAACAUGUGCCGG